UUUCUGACUUGAGGCUUUAAAUACAUCCCCCUGUGGCAGCUGUGGGAUAGUUGAUCUGCGGUUGUUCUUCCUCCAGGUUCCUUGCAGGGGGGAAGCAGAGGAGCCUGAAUAAACAUCUGCAAACCACUGCAGAGGGAGCUCCCGCCUCCCUGCAUGCAAAGGGCGGAGGGUGAGCAGUGCGCCUUUGUUUGUUGGCCCGACUUCGGACGAGGAUGGAGAAGUACGAGAAGAUGGGGAAGAUCGGCGAGGGAUCGUACGGCGUCGUCUUCAAGUGCAGAAACAGGGACACCGGGCAGAUCGUCGCCAUCAAGAAGUUCGUGGAGUCCGAGGACGAUCCCGUCAUCAAAAAGAUCGCGCUGAGGGAGAUCAGGAUGCUCAAGCAACUGAAGCACGCCAACCUGGUGAAUCUGAUGGAAGUGUUCAGACGGAAGCGGAAGCUGCACCUGGUGUUUGAGUACUGCGACCACACCGUCCUGGACGAGCUGGACCGCCACCCGACCGGGUGGGUGUGUGUGUCUCCUCACUGCGCAGAUUGUCGUAAACAGAAGCUCAUGAGUUCACUGUGCGUCCCGGAGCAUCUGGCCAGGAGUAUAACCUGGCAGACUCUCCAAGCCGUCGACUUCUGCCACAAACAGAAGUGCAUUCACAGAGACGUGAAGCCGGAGAACAUCCUCAUCACCAAACACCAAGUCAUCAAACUCUGUGACUUCGGCUUUGCCAGGAUUCUCACGGGGCCGUGUGACUACUACACAGACUACGUGGCGACCCGCUGGUACCGGGCCCCAGAGCUCCUGGUGGGGGACACACAGUACGGUCCCCCGGUGGACGUGUGGGCGAUCGGCUGUGUGUUUGCCGAGCUGCUCUCGGGGAUUCCUCUGUGGCCCGGCAAGUCCGACAUGGACCAGCUGUACCUGAUCCGGAAGACUCUGGGAGAUCUGAUCGCUCGACAUCAGCAGGUUUUCAGCAACAACCAGUUCUUCUGUGGCGUUUCCAUCCCGGAGCCUCCAGAGAUGGAACCUUUGGAGCAAAAGUAUCCAAAUCUCUCGCAUCAAACUCUGAGCCUCAUGAAGAGCUGUUUGAGAAUGGAUCCGUCUGAGCGGCUGACCUGUGAGCAGCUCCUGCGGCAUCCCUACUUCGACUGCAUGAGAGAAAAGAGCGAGAGCACGACUCGAGAGCACAAGAGGACGCGUUUGCCUCGGAGACACCUGCCCCCCGGGGUGAGCGGCACGGAUGAGUUUCACACCAGUUACUGUGAGAAAUGUAUUUGCCACAGCUGACCAGCAGCAGCAUCUUUCCCGCUCUGGACAAUAAGAAAUACUACAACCUGCGCAAGUUCAACUACCACCUCCCAAACAUCUAAACACGACGAUCCUGAUCCGAAGCGACGCCGGACGCCCGCGUUUUCUGAGCCGCUCAGGAAAUGAAGCAGAAUCUUAAAGACUGUAGUUUCCAUCCAUAAAAAAACAACAACAACCGAUUCAGCAACUUUUUAACCAUAUUUUCUCCUCACAAAGCGUGCCGGCUGUCUCUUACUGAUUCUAUGCACUUUACCCAGCGCGUUCAGUCGGACGUGUUGGUUCAUGUAUGCUUCGCCAGACUUUUAAGCUGAUAUUUUUAGACAAAGGGGAGCGCUGCGCUGCUCUUGCUUGUUGUUAGCUGACUGAGGGUUAAACUACACUCUACUGCCUUGCCCAGUUUGCCAAAAUGUUUUUUUUUUUUUUUAAAUAAUACAAUGGACUGUAUUAAAGUGAG